AUGGAAGUCGCAGUAACUAGCGGUGGCAGUAGAACAGACGCGAGAGACGCUGACGCAAGAGACGCGGGCUACGGGUUUCGCCCUUUGCGUUACGUUUUGAAUAAUGACGGGGAGUCAGCAGCGGUUGUGCUGAGUCUGCCGUCCAUGUGGCGCAAGCGUCGCGGCUCGCUGAAUGGAGGAAACAACAACAACAGCAGCAGCAGCAGCAGCUUUAGCUACAGCACUAACAAUCCCAGCACCAACGUCGCGCGCGAGUCCCCGAACUUGAUGGCAUCUGCACCGCUCAGUACGACGCCGUCGCGCUCGUCCAUGUCGAUGGCCAGUCCCUUCUUCAGUAGCGACCCGAAUGCGAACGACCGUGUGCUUGUCUUUGGCCUUGAAGUGCCGACACCAGGACCGCUUGGUCUUGAUCUGCGGGCGCGACACAUUGAACGGGACAAACCUCAGCGCGGAGCUGUGGUGAAGGGGUUCCGGCCGCUUCAAGGAGGAAAGCCUGGAUAUGUCGAGUCGACGGGACGCGUCAAGGCGGGCGACAUCCUGCAGAUGCUUCAUAAGACGGCGAUUGAUGAUAUGCCGUUUGAACAGAUUGUCAAGUACGCUAUACAGCUGCAAAAGGAUCCGACGGCGUGGCCGCUGUCGAUGGAGUUUCGGCGCGAGUCAGAGAAACUCGAGAGCAGCAGCCACGCAGCUCCGUCGUCAUCUUCGUCCAAGCCACGACGCAACAGCUUCUUUCGGUCGUCCAUUUCCAUGUCGAAUCCGGUCCAGGAUGGAAAUUUUAACGAGAAACUGCAGUACUUUCGUGGUUUCUUUGCUACGCGGAUACCCACUGGCGGUACGGCACCCAGGGAGAAGGAGAAGCCGCCCAAGCCGCAGAGAUGGGAAACCGUAGACGAGAUGUACCGCGAGUUAAUGUCGAAGCGUGGAGUGCCCGAAGACGUCAUGGAUGAGCUUGUUCGCAUCGAAUCACUGGAAACCAAGUGGCACGUCGUUUGGUACGCCCAGCAAAAUGAGAAUGAAGACAACACAAAGUCGAAUGCAACGGAAGCGAAAAGGUUUGCAGAUAACCUGGUGGAAUUAAGGUGGGACAACAAGGGUCUGAAGGAUCUCGAGGCGCUUCGUGGCAAAAUCUCGAUUGCAUCGACUGACUGGCUCGAGUCUUUCCUGGCUCAUUUUGGUUUGGAUUAUCUUACGAUGAAACUUCCUGAUCCAUGCCCGUUUCCUAUCGAACACUCGAAGUAUGAGAAAGCUACGCGCGUGUGCGAGGUAAUUUUGCGGAUUUUGCGCUUACUGACUCAUUUUACAGCUGGGGUGGAAGCAAUCACCAAUACACCUGGACUAGUGAAGCGGGUGGCUCUCUGUUUCCAUACGGAGAAUGGAGACGUGAAGAAGUAUACGCUACAGCUGCUCGGAAUUGUGUGCUACAACAGCGCGGCCGGGCACACUGCUGUCAUUGAAGCGUUCGAUCACUAUAAGGAAACGAAAGGCGAGAAUAUCCGCUUCAGUUGUUUGCGGGAUGCGCUCAAAUCAACAAGAUACUCCCUGGUAUUCAAGGAAGACGUGUUAAGUUUUGUGAAUAUCAUUGUGAAUAAAGCCAUUCGGCUUGAAGAUCGACUAGCGAUUCGUUCCGACUUUAUGGCGCUUAAGAUGGCUGGCUACUUUGAAGAAAUUCGGGCGAAAUCGCUUGCUGUUCAGCGUACAAAGUAUCCGCUCGCUAGUUCAGCUGCUGCCGCGUCGAUCGAGGAAGGCUUUUAUGGAGUUCCGUCUCCAGUGCCUGGUUUUCCAGCGACUCCGUCACCGGUGGUAAGCAGGUACGUUGCAAGGAGCACUCCCUCACCAGUUCUGAGCAGCCGGUCCUCUGGAUCACCAGUUGCUGGGCGGGAUAUGUGUCCAGGAACUCCUAUCUCCAAACUAGACUCUUUGAAGACCCUUGGUGGUAGGCGGUUUUCUGCACGUAAAGGCAAAGACGAUACGCGUCUGUUAGCGAGCAGGAGUGCACCGCCGUCCCCUGUCGAUCGAGAGCCGGCGUCUCUUUCUCCUGAUGGUUCAAUAGUCCGUUCGUCGCUUCCUCUGGAUACUAAGGGCACGCACCGGUUUGGAAAUGGAGGCAAUAGCAUCAUUAGUAGCUCAGUGACACAGCUUCGGAAUCAACUGGAUAACAUGGAGAAACAAAUCGACGUGUUUGAGCAGUUCAUGGAGGAUGACCGGAAGGACACGAUCUAUGGGCAAACCGACCUGUCCUCCGUGGACAGUGUAUAUCGGUCAUUGUUUGACAGCAUGACGAACGAACCUGAGCUACAAGCAUGUUUUUUGUCAAUUCUCCAGCAAUUACUUUUUAUUCCGGGCGAUCGCGUAAUCGGGAAAGAAAUGUGGGCAAUGUCGGAAAAAGUGGUAAAGCAGAUAACGUUAUUAGCUCCAGUCGAGGAAGUACGUAAUUUUGAUUUGGGAUACGAUGAUCGCAAGACGUUGUUGAAGAUGCGUGAUCGCUAUGCACAGUUCCUUCAGAAGUGUGCUGACAAUGAUCCUACGUUUCACUUCCGUAUGGGUCCGAUUAUUUUGAUCGAGAAUAUGGAUCGGGACCAUGACGAUCUCUCGCUUUCGGAUGCGACAGCAGAUGAAACCGAUGAGGAAGAUGUACCCUCGAAUGUGGCAGCUCACGAGCACCCAGAGCUACAAAAAUACUUUAAGCUGUUAAAGAUGGGAAUGCCAAUGCAUCAAGUACAACUUAAGAUGAGCAGCGAAUCGCAGACGUUCGAUCCGUUGAUUUUGGAAACUCCUGACAGGAUGGUUCCGCUUUCUCGGCCAGACGUGGAAAGUGAAAAGAAGGGAACACGAGCUGAGGAACAUGAGAAGUAUGCGAAGUUCUUUAAGCUGAAGAAGAUGGGCAUGCCGUUGCCACAUAUUCAUCUGAAAAUGUCUGCAGAGGGACUUGAUUGCUCGAUUCUGGAGACCCCGGAUCUGCUUCUUGCUGACGAUUGUACUGAAGUAAGGAGUACUGCAAAUUUGACAGGGUUUGCUGGCAUUCCAGUCAAGGAGCACGAAAAGUUUGCUAAGUUUCUUUAA